AACCAGGACGCCGCGCGCUGACUUCACAUCUGGUCACAUGACGUAGUGACGCCGGAAGGUUCCGCCGGGGCCUCAAUCUCCGAGAAGCUUCAUAGAGAACACCGGGGAGGAAGAAAGAGCGAGAGAGAGCGAGCUGGUGAGUGUCUCCGCGAUCAGUGCGAUGGCCGCCCGGGUAUGGCUGCCUGUCACUCAUUGUUACCGCGACCUGUCAUGGCAGCCACACAACGUCCAUUUUAUAUGGGUGUCAACACGGAGAGAGGGGAAUCGCGUUCAAUGCUACACAAUAACACAACACCGAGCAAUCAUGGUGUCACAGUCCUGCUGGGAUCCCCUCCCUCACAGCACAGCACAGCGUCUGACUGGGGAGCUCUGGCUAUAGAUAGUGUGUGUGUGUGUGGAGAGAGAGAGAGAGAGUUAAUCGUGUAUUGUAUUAUUUAUAUAGCGCCAUCAGACUCCGUAGCGCUGUACAAUGGUUUGAUGCCAUCCUGUCUGAUACAGACUGCAUUUAGUGUUCAGUAACCAUUUGGGUGGCAGUAGAUUUGAUCCACAGUAAUGAAAGGUUUGCCAUCACUGACAGCAUUGUAACAAUAGUCUUAUUGUUUCACAGCUGAUGGGUUUUAUGUGUGUCCAUCUUUAGUCAAUUACUAUAUAGAGCUCUUAUCCACAGGGUUUAAUGGAUUGUAUAUGCGCUUGUAUAUAUCUAAUUUUUUUUAAUCAAGUUAAACACAACAAAAAAGGCAUGACAAAAUACAGUAAAAAAAAAUAUUUAACAUAUUGGUGUUUUAUAAACUAUUGUAUGGCUUUGUCUUGUUUGUUGUGGGCUGGCUAGUGACUCUGGAAAUGGUAGUGAAAUGCUGCACGAACAGGCACCAUGACCACUUAAAGGAAUACUAUAGGGUCAGGAACACAAAUGUGUAUUUCUGACCCUAUAGAUUUUAUUUAAUGGGUCUGCCAUAGGAAAGCGUUGGAUUGGCUGAAAUUGUAUAUUCUGAUUAUGUCAUCCAAGGAAGGGGUGGGAGGUGGAGCCAAACAUCGUUCUGGCCAAUCAGCAUCUCCUCGUAGAGAUGCAUUGAAUUAGUCCAUCUCUACGGGGAAAGUUCAGUGGAGACACUGAAUGCCAGGAAGUGACUGCCACUGGAGGUGUCCCCAGGCAGCAAUGUAAACGCUUCUCCGUAAAGACAGUCUUUACAAGGAAAUGCCUGCAGGGACUGACUAUACUUGCAAGAAUAACUGCAUUAAGCUGUAGUUGUUCUGGUAACUAUAGUAUUCCUUUAAAGUCACUGAACCUUAAAGGACCACUAUAGGCACCCAGACCAUUUCAGCUUAAUGAAGUGGUCUGGGUGCCAGGUCCAGCUAUUGUUAACCCUUUUUUUUUUUUUUAUAAACAUAGCAGUUUCAGAGAAACUGCUAUGUUUAUGUUAGGGUUAAUCCAGCCUCUAGUGGCUGUCUCUUGACAGCCGCUAGAGGCACUUGCGUGCUUCUCACUGUGAUUUUCACAGUGAGAAGACGUCAGCGUCCAUAGGAAAGCAUUGUAAAUGCUUUCCUAUGGACUGCUUAAUGCGCGCGCAGCUCUUGCCGUGCAUGCGCAUUCAGCCGGAAAGGAGGAGGAGAGCUCCCCGCCCGGCGCUGGAGAAAGAGGUAAGUUUAACCCCUUCCUCUCCCCAGAGCCCGGCGAGAGGGGGUCCCUGAAGGUGGGGGCACCCUCAGGGCACUAUAGUGCCAGGAAAACAAGUAUGUUUUCCUGGCACUAUAGUGGUCCUUUAUAAAAAAAAAAAAAAGCCAUGUUUCAUUGAAUUUUUUUAAUACAUUUGAAUGAAAUACAUAAGACAAAGACUUUGUUCUAUGCUAAGGACACAUUUUGGCAAAAUACUUUAAUCUGCUUUCACUAGCAAAUGUGCCAUUUCCCUGCAGCAGUCAGUCACACAUGAAACAAAACUCUUUUCUCAUGAUGCACAGCAGAUUCCUAUGAGAUCUUUGGAGGGUGUUGCACAAUCUUUUAACAAAUAUGUAUUUGUAGGUUGUGAAAAAUUAAAAUACACGUAGAGAUUCACACCUUUUUAACCUGCAACUGGACUCCACCAUAUUAUCUUCCUUUUAAUUAUUACUAGCUCUGUCCUUUUCACCUGGCAGUCAGCAUAGAGAGGGGAAAUAAAACUGUUUCUGCUUAUCCUCUUCAUUUGCAUCUUUUGUCCUAGCUUUUCCUUAAAAGGACUCUAUAGACACCAGACAACUUCAUCUCAAUGAAAUACUCUGGGUGCCAUGUCCCUCUACGUUUAACCUGUAAGUGAAAACAUUGGUGUUUUGCAGGAAAAUCAAUGUUUACAUUGCAGGGUUUAAAUGCCUUUUAGUGGUUGUCACUCUGUCAACAUAGCCAUAGAGUCCAUCUGAUUGGCACCACACAGCAUUUUGUAGAGUAUUUGCACAAUCCUCCCAAUUCAUCAUAUGGGAAAACAUUUUUAUGGCAGAGAUCAUCGAUUAUGAUAAUCUUAGCCAAGGAGGCAGAGACCAUUGUACCGAGGGCUGAAAAGUCAGUCAAACUCACCCUUCCAACCCUUUGCACGGUGGGGGAUAUUGAUACAGGUAACUAUAACGUUAGGAAUACAAACAUGUAUUCCUAUCGCCAUAGUGUUCUUUUAAAAGUUUCCUCCAACUAUCUUUACAAAAUCUUGUAUUUCAUUGUAAAAUGCCCUAUUGAGCAUUACUAAUAGGUAAAUAAAAAUGGUAUGUGAGCGCUCCAAAAAAUAAAAUAAUGACCACUAAGACACUGUACACCAAAGCAGCAGCCAUAGUUGGAGACCAAACUAUAUCUAGUAACACUGGGUUAAUACAAGUGAAUGAAAAUCACUAAGAAUAUAUACAAAAUAUAUAAAACAUCAUUUAUUAAACAUAAAGGAAAAUAAUAACAUUUGAAUCAAUAUUGUUGCAAUAAAAUGUAUCACAUAAAUAAAAACACCAAAAGUCCAGAGCAGAUAUAUUACUUUUUAUAUGUGCACAUUCUAGUUCCAGUGGCUAUUUAAUCAGUGUAAGGGGCCCCACACUGUGUUUAUUUCUUAGACAUCUGCUCUGGACUUUUGGUAUUUUUAUUUAUGUGAUACAUUUUUAUUGCUACAAUAUUGAUUCAAAUGUUAUUUUCCUUUUAUGUUUAAUAAAUUAUGUUUUAUAUAUUUUGUAUAUAUUCUUAGUGAUUUUCAUUCAGUUGUAUUAACCCAGUGUUGUUACUAGAUUUAGUUUGGUCUCCAACAACGGCUGCUGCUUUGGUGUACAGUGUCUUAGUAGUUAUUUUAUUUUUUGGAGCGCUCACAUACCAUUUUGAUUUAUUUUUUUAUAUGUAUGAUUAAGUCGCUCUCCUGUAUGUGAUGCAGCACUGUUUUUGGUGAUUAAUAUUAUUAUUUUGUCCUCCUUGUCAGUUACCUUACAUUUGUUUUAAUUACUAAUAGGCCACCCUUAAAAAGCAGCAAAGUUAGGGCUAAACUUAACUGGAGUCCAUCUCUGGCAUCAAAACCUUAUUUGCGGUCCAGCUGGAGUAGAAUAACUUCGUGUUUUUUCAUGAUUGAAAUCAGGGUGGAUAUGAUUGAAACCAAGCUACUUAAACCAUCAGUAACACUGUUUAAAUCAUGAUUUUUAAUCUUAAAGGGACACUAAAGGCGCCCAGACCACUUAAUCUCAUCCCUGUAGUGUAAAACAUUGCUGUUCUGGAGAUGGUGGGUUUUCACUAUAGGGUCAUGAAUAUAUGUUUGUGUUCCUGACCCUAUAGUGAUUCUUUAACCCCUUCAGGACGGAGUCAGUUGUGCACGUUCUGAUCAAAACAAAAUGUAAACAAAAAACGGAAUUUGCGCUAUAUGUCUGUUCAACUGUAAUUAACCUCUUUCAUAAUAAGUGCACCCACAAUUAUUAUAUAUCAUUUUAUUCUGGAGAAACAGGUCUUUAAAGGGACUCUAUAGUCACCAGAACAACUACAGCUUAUUGAAUUUGUUCUGGUGAGUAGAAUCAUUACCUUCAGCCUUUUUGCUGUAAACACUGUCUUUUCAGAGAAAAUGCAGUGUUUACAUUACAGCCUAGUGAUAACUUUACUGGCCACUCUUCAGAUAGCUGUUAGAGAUCCUUCUUGGGUCAUGGCUGCCUAAAAUGCAUCCAAACAUUCAGUAUCUCCUCCCUCUGCAUGCAGACACUGAACUUUCCUCAUAGAGAUUCAUUGAUUCAAUUCAUCUCUAUGAGGAGAUGCUGGUUGGCCAGGGCUGUCUUUUAAUUGUGCUGGCUCUGCCCCUGAUCUGCCUCUUUGUCCGUCUCAGCCAAUCCUAUAGGGAAGCAUUGUGUCUGGAUCAGGCUACCACUUCUGCUGAUGUCAGCAGGCAGUGGGCCGGUCUAUAGGAAACAUGGACAUUGCAUGCAGCUGACUUGAAUACACAUGUAAGAUUUUACUAUUUUAGGGAAACAGGGUGGCUAGAGGGUGGUUUUAACUCCUAUAGGGUCAGGAAUACAUGUUUGUGUUCCUGACCCUAUAGUGCCCCUUUAAUUUCUCAUGAACUAUUCAUAUAUGAAACAUAACUGUUAGCUUAUACUGCAAUAAAUUGCACAUAUUUGUAUUCAGCAAAGUCUCACGAGUACAACAGUACCCCCCUAUAACAGGUUUUACAGUGUUUUGGAAAGUUACAGGGUCAAAUAUAGCACAUUCCAUUUUUCUGUUUUUUUUCACAUUGAAAUUUUCCAGAUUAGUAAUGUUACCUUUGAGACCGUGUGGUAGCCCAGGAAUGAGAAUUACCCCCAUGUUGGCAUACCAUUUGUAAAAUCGAAAACCCAAGGUAUUGCAAGUGGGGUAUGUCCAGUCUUUUUUUUAGUAGCCACUUAGUCACAAACACUGGCUAAAUAUUAUUCUUUUGCUUUUUUUUCACUCAAAAAAAAAAAGCAAAAAAAUAUUUGGCCAGUGUUUGUGACUAAGUGGCUACUAAAAAGGACUGGAUAUACCCCACUUGCAAUACCUUGGGUUCCCUACUUUUGCAAAUGGUAUGCCAUCAUGGGGAUAAUUCUAAUUCCUGGGUUACCAUACGGUCUCAAAGGCAACAUUACCAAACUGGCAAAUUUCAAUGUGAAAAAAAUGAAAUGCAAGCCUUAUAUUUGACUCUCUAACUGUCCAAAACACCAUAAAACCUGUACAUGGGGGGUACUGUGAUACUUGGGAGACUUCACUGAACACAAACAUUAGUGUUUCAAAACAGUAAAACCUAUUACAAUAAUUUUGUCAGUAAAAGUGCUGUGAUGUUUUUUGCAUUUUUCACGCAUGAACUCUUUUACUAAAAAUAUUAUCGUUUUAAUACAAUUUACCACUUUGAAACACUAAUAUUUGUGUUCAGCGAAGUCUCCUGAGUAAAACAGUACCCCCCAUGUACAGGUUUUAUGGUGUCUUGGAAAGUUACAGGGUUAAAUAUAGUGCUUGCUAAUAACAUUCUCUGCACUUUCUGCCUGGGUUGUCAGGCAUGUCAAUCAAAUUUUGAUUAAUAAAAUCACAUAAUUAUGCUAAAAGAUUACUUUAAAUAUAGAAUUUUAAUAUAUGUAUACAUAUAUCUGUAUUUAAAUUCUACGCGUAUACUUAUGUAAUCAUUAAAGUUAAUAUAUAUAUUUGCAGUUAUUUGUAUUUUAUAUAUAGAUGGAUAUAUAUUACAGUUAAAAUGAAAUUACAUAUGUGUAUAUAUAAUUUAUUUUUAUAUAAUAUAUCAUUUAUUUUCAUUUUAAAAAAAUAAAUAUUUGCUUUCCUAUGGACGCUGGCGGCUUCUCACUGUGAAAAUCACAGUGAGAAGCGCCUCUAGCGGCUGUCAAUGAGACAGCCACUAGAGGCUGGAUUAACCCUAAUGUAAACAAAGCAGUGUCUCUGAAACUGCUAUGUUUACAACAGGCAGGGUUAAUCCUAGAUGGACCUGGCACCCAGACCACUUCAUUGAGCUGAAGUGGUCUGGGUGCCUAUAGUGGUCCUUUAACUGUGAAUUUCAUAAUACUAUUUGCUUUUACUGCAAUAAAAUACACAUAUUUGUAUUCAGCGAUGUCUCACGUGUAAAACGGUACCCCCUAUGUACAGGUUUUAUGGUGUUUUCAAUAGUUAGAGUCAAAUCUAAGGCUUGUGUUUCAAUUUUUUUCACAUUGAAAUUUGCCAGAUUGGUUACAUUGUCUUUGAGACCAUAUGGUAGCCCAGGAAUUUUUUAGUAGCCACUUUGUCACAAACACUAGCCAAAGUUAGCGUUAAUAUUUGUUUGUGUGUGAAAAAUGCAAAAAACUAAUUUGAACGCCAAUUUUGUCCAGUGUUUGUGACCAAGUGGCUAUUAAAAAAGACUGGACAUACCCCAUUUGCAACACCUUGGGUUGCCUACUUUUAAAAAUGGUAUGCCAUCAUGGGGGUAAUUUUCAUUCCUGGGCUACCAUACAGUCUCAAAGGCCAAUCUGGCAAAUUUCAAUGUGAAAAAACUGAAAUGCAAGCCUUAUAUUUGACUCUGUAACUUUUGAAAACCCCAUAAAACCUGUACAUGAGGGGUAAUGUUAUACCCGGGAGACUUUGCUGAACACAAAUCUUUGUGUUUCAAAACAGUAAAAAGUAUCACAGCAAUAAUAUCGUCAGUGUAAGUGCCGUUUGUGUGUAAAAAUGCAAAAAAUGUCACUUUCACUGACGAUAUCAUCGUUGUAAUACAUUUACUGUUUUGAAACACUAAUAUUUGUGUUCAGCAAAGUCUUCCAAGUAAAACAGUACCCCCCAUGUACAGGUUUUAUGGUGUCUUGGAAAGUUACAGGGUUAAAUAUAGUGCUAGCAAAUUAAAUUCCCUGGACUUUUGGCCUGGGUUGUCAGGCAGGUCCCACAAAUUGUAAUUAAUAAAAUGACCUAAUUAUGUAAAAUUAUUACAUAAAUAUAUACAUAGAAUUAUUAUAUAUAUAUAUAUAUAUAUAUAUAUAUAUAUAUAUAUAUAUAUAUAUAUAUAUAUAUAUAUAUAUAUAUAUAUAUAUAUAUAUAUAUAUAUAAUUUUCCCAGGUCCCAGCACUCAAUGUUCCCGGUCUUUUCCAUGCUCCGGUGCAAGUAAUCUCUGACCAAUAUAUAGCAUCCAAGUAGAGAGCACUCUGGAGUCUUCGUUUUAUAUCAAAAUAAAUAUUGCUUUAUUGUGCAAAAUACAAAAAUGUCGACGUUUCAGUCACAAUAGACUUUUCUCAAGGUCUUGAGAAAAGUCUAUUGUGACUGAAACGUCGACAUUUUUGUAUUCUGCACAAUAAAGCAAUAUUUAUUUUGAUAUAAAACGAAGACUCCAGAGUGCUCUCUACUUGGAAUAUAUAAAUAUAAAUAUAUAUAUUUAUUCAAUAUCAUUGUACGUGUAUUUUGAUAUUAAUAUAUAAUUAUAUGUUAAUAUUAAAAUACACCUAUACUGUGUGUGUAUGUAUACAAGUAUAGUGGCACUCACCCUUUCAAUGAAUCGGUAAAAGACUGCCUUGGUGCAAUCCCACGCUGGAUAUGUAAAGCAAAAAGGAAAGAGAUGCACUCUCAGGUCUUUGUAGAAAAAAAACUCUAUUAUUUAAUAACAGGUAACAUACAUCUGAUCGACGUUUCGACCUCUUCAGGUCUUCCUCAAGAUCCAUAUAUAUAUAUGUGUGUGUGUGUGUGUGUGUGUGUGUAUAUAUAUUUUAUUUUAAACUGUUUUUUUUAAUUUUUUUUUUUUUUUUUUACCAGUUACAGGCAGCAGGGGGAGUGCCUGUCAUUACUGGCACUCCCCCUGCUGGCAUUGCUAUGGACCUCGCGAUCACAUGGCCCAGGAUGGCCGGAUCGGAAUCAGGGGGACUCCCUGGGAUGCCGGGUGAGUCUCCACACCCCAAUAGCCGGUGACCAGGUAAGUACAUAGGACGUCUUCGCCGUCCUAUGUCGCCCAUCGGCAUUUAGGACCGGGUCCCCAAGGACGGCAUAGAACGCCCAUAAGGGGUUAAUAUUAAAAUACACUUGGACUGUGUAUGUGUGUAUAUAUAAGGGGUUAAAGAGAAACCAUAGUGCCAGGUUAACAAAGUUGUUUUCCUGGCACUAUAGCUACUUAUAGUGCCCCCUUGGUCGUGGUUAAAAACCCCUUCUGUCACUUACUUGCUUCCAGUGCCAAUGUACCUCUGCGCUGUUUCGGGCUCUGUCUCUGCUCCACCCUCGCCGACUUCAGCCGGCUGGGGAGACCUAAUGUGCAUGCGUGGAAACGGCCACGCUUACAUUAUUUCCUCCAUAGGGACGCAUGUAUAAUGCUUUCCAAUGGGCUUUUACAUGACGCUUGAUUUAGUCGUGCAUAGCGUGAGGACAUCAGUCGACCAAUUGUCUCCUAACGAUCCAGAAGUACCUCUAGUUGCUGCUGGUAGACAGCCCAUGGAGUUGGAGUUAACCCUCAAAGGUAAUUAUUGCAGUUUGUUAUACAUUGCAAUAAUUACCUUUGCAGGGUUAAGGGACUUGGGACACUGCAGCCAGACCACUUCAAUGAACUGGACUGGUCUGGGUGCCUAAAGUGUCUCUUUAAUUAUUCACAUUUUUUACAAUUGGAAUGUAGUUCAAGUUCCAUAUACUGUUGCACAGCCAAACUUUGUGUGUAUGUAUGUAGCUUUGUGUUGAAAGUAGUGUAGCAAGUGGCAGACCCAGUCAUAAAGUUUUCAGUGGAAAAAAAACAAGAAUAAAACGACUUGCUAAAAAUACCUUGGCUUCACGUAUUACAGUUUGAUAAUAAAUGCACAGUGUAUACUUUUGCUUUUCUGUACUUUUUAAACUUGUCAAUUUAAUUAUCUGACUUAAUUUUUACAUUUUCCAUCUGUGCUCUGAGAAUAGCCCUUUAAUAACUGUAAUAACUGGACUCCUUCUUUUACUAAGGAGAUUAAGAUAUAUGUUAUUAAAACUUAUUGAACCAUGUAAUUUUGCAUGAAAUCUUUGUCACUAUUCAGUCCUAAUCAUUUCAAGGCAGUUUAUUAUCCAACUAACUUGUGUAAGUGUAAUCUGUUCUACAGCUUCCUGUGACACUAUUGCAGAAUAUGCAGACUUUAUUUCCUGUUUUAUGCAUUAUUCUGCAGAUAGGUCAUGUACGUGCACAGUGAUGUAAAGCUAAACCAAGGCAAUUACUACAUGUAAAGCAGAUUUAACUCUCAAAUUUUGUGGACCACUUACCCCUUCACCCUUUUUUCAUCGCUUAAUAUUAUAAACUGCACUUGAGCAUUGUACAUGAUGCUAAGCCCUUAGUUGGCGCAGUUGUUAUUAUGCAUAGAUUGCCUUUGUGCCAUGCACUUUUAUAAUGUAAAAACAUUAAAGGACCAAUAUAGUGCCAGGAAAACAAACUCGUUUUCAUGGCACUAUGUAGUAAUUAGGUCCCCCCCACCCUCAUGGCCCCCCUCCCGCUGGGCUGAAAGGGUUAAAACACCUUCAGCCACUUACCUUUCUCCAGCGCCGGGUUCCCUCAGCGCUGAGGAACUCUCCUCCUGCCGACGUCAGCGCCGAAUGCACAUGCGCAGCAAGAGCCGCGCGCGCAUUCAAACUGCCCAUAGGAAAGCAUUAAUCAAUGCUUUCCUAUGGACGUCAGCUUCUUCUCACUAAGAUUCUUACAGUGAGAAUAGCGGAAGCGGCCUCUAGUGGCUGUCAGUGAAACAGCCACUAGAGGCUGGAUGCCCUCAGUGUAAACAUAGUAGUUUCUCUGAAACUGCUAUGUUUUUAGCUGGUGGGUUAAAAAGAGAGGGAUCUGGCACCCAGACCACUUCAUUGAGCUGAUGUGGUCUGGGUGCCUAUAGUGGUCCUUUUAAGUAGCAGUUUGAUCUCAAGAAUGCAGACCGCCCACUUCUCAUCUGCACUAAUAAUGUGUAAUAAAGGACCACUCCAAGCACCAGAGUGCACGGUAGUAGUUAAGGUGCCAGGAAUACCCUGGUGCCCCUCCCCCUCCCUAGGGCUUAGCCUGAGAGCUCUUGGGUUGUCACUGCUGCAUAAUAGCUGGGACCAGUGGACCCCAGGUAAGAACAUAACCUGUUGGCAAGUGAUGUGACUACCAGUCUGCUGCUGCUGGCUCUCUCCCUGGUCUGCCUUCUUGGCUGACCUAACCAGAAGUGUUGAUUAAAAGACUAUCGCAAUACUUUCCCAUAUGAUUGGCUGAUACUGUCAAGGAGGUAGAUCAGUGGCAGAGUCAACACAAGCCAAACACAGCCCCAGCCAAUCCGCAUCUCCUCAGAGAGAUGCAUUUGAAUCAAUGCAUCUCUAUGAGGAAAAUUCAGUGUCUCCAUACAGAGGGUGGAGACACUGCAGCACUGCACCAGGAAGUACCUCUAGUAGCCAUCUGAGGAGUGGCCACUGGAGCUGUAAUGUAAAUACUGCAUUUUUUUUCCUGAAAAGACAGUGUUUACUGCAGAAAGCCUGAAGGGAAUGAUUAUACUUAACAGAACAAAUACAAUAAGCUGAAGUUGUUCUGGUGACUGUAGUGUCCAUUUAAUUUAGAUAGAGUUGUUAUCGUGCCCAGAGAGUUUUAAGUGGAACAGUCACCAAAGAUUUAUGCACAACUCAAUCACUAAUAAAGUGUGUGUGUGUUUUUUUUUUUGUGUUUUUUUUUUUUUUUAAAAGGACUGCACCAGUAUGUUAGCACUUGCACCUGAAGCAUUAUUGAGCAGUGUCAUGGCUCUAAACUUGGAAGUGUCGCAGAGAAGAUUUUUAAUUUUUUUUGUAGUUUUUAUUUUAUUUUAUUUUUUAUUUUUUUGCACUUGUCUCUGCUGCACUUUUCACCCCUGUAGGCUGAUUUCAAAUAGAAAUUGUCACUUAUAAAAUGACUUUAAAUAGGAUUCUUCUCACCCAUAAACAGUUCAGCAAGCUAAAGUGCCUUAUGGAUAUGGAGUGGCAUUUUUAAUAUUAAAUUAAAUUUUAAAAAAAACAAACAGUGGAUUACGAUACUAUAAAUAUAAAUAUAUAUAUAUAUAAUUUUUUUUUUUUUUUUUUUUCUUCAUUUGGGGAAUGAUUAGUUAUAUAAAGUAAUAUGUAUUUGUAUCGCCCCCCCCUCCCCAUAUAGUCUGCAUUGUAGCUGCCAUUAGCUAUAUGUUGCAAUUGCACUUGGCUAGAUACUUACUUCCUCAGAAUGGCAAUUUGUAGUGUCAGUGGUUUUCUCAAAGGGAUGGCAGAAAAUGUGUCAUUUUAACAGAUUUUUUUUUUUUUUCUUCUCACAUGAGCCAGUCUAAAAGGUUUCUUACUGAUAUUCUCAUCUAAAUUAGCUGUAGUGAGUUUAGCUGUUAGACAUCUUCUUCAAAUAUUAGGCAGUGUUUUCUGUUUUUCUUUGUGGAUGUGUUCAUCUCAAAAUUGCAUUAAAUGCUUUUCAAACCUCUACAGAUGUAAAUGAAAGAUUAGAAUAUUGAAAAGCACCUUUGUUUAACAAGCUAGAUGCGUUAAUGAAAGGGUUACGUUUGCAUGACUUAUUAGUGUGCGGUGGGUGCGUGAAAUGUGGUAAUUAAGUGCAGUGUGUGUGUGUAUAUAUAUAUAUAUAUUAGUGUAUUUUACGGUAGUAUAAAUCUAGGUUUGGUGUGUUUAUGUUGAUGUGUAUGGAAGGGCUGUGUGUGAAUGUAUGUGUAGAGCCAGAGAGUACACAACUGUAUAUCUAUAUCUAUAUCUUUUACUAUUCCCAUGUAACCGGUCAGCUGGCUCCAUAUGGCAAUCAACCUGGAUAGGGCUAUUCAUAUAUGCUUUAGAACAUCACACCACAUAGCACCUAUUAAUGCUUCUUGGUGGCAAACGUUUGUUUACCAAUUUGUGUAAUUGCAUUUCAGAUACAAUUUAUAUAUGUCAUUAAUAAUUUAUUUUGUAGUAGUUAAUUAUUUACCAUUGCUUAUUGCAAUAAUAUUUUAUCUUAACUCUUUUGCAGAAUGGCUGGUUGUGGUGAAGUUAGCCACUCUACAAACAUGCUGCCCACAAAUAAGAAACUGGGCGAGCCCUGUUCCAAUGGUGCACCCUCUCUUACAGUGCCUGAGUGUGCUAUUUGCUUACAGACCUGUGUUCACCCAGUCAGUCUUCCUUGCAAACACAUCUUCUGCUAUCUGUGUGUAAAGGGGGCUUCAUGGCUUGGAAGACGUUGUGCGCUGUGCAGGCAAGAAAUCCCAGAGGACUUCAUGGAGAAGCCAACAUUGUUGUCCCCAGAGGAACUGAAGUCUGCUAGCCGAGGAAAUGGGGAAUAUGCCUGGUAUUAUGAGGGCAGAAAUGGGUGGUGGCAAUAUGACGAGAGGACAAGCAGGGAGCUUGAAGAUGCAUUUACAAAAGGCAAAAAAAACACAGAGAUGCUGAUUGCUGGCUUUCUUUAUGUCGCAGACUUUGAAAACAUGGUACAGUAUAGACGCAACGAACAUGGACGGCGUAGAAAAAUGAAAAGAGACAUUGUAGACAUGCCAAAGAAAGGUGUUGCUGGGUUGCGGUUAGACUGUGAUGCAGCCACUGUUAAUGCAGCACGAGAGAGCUCAGCUGAUGGUGCAGACAAUCUCGCUGCACUUGGAGCUACGUCAGGCCAGCCCACUGCAGUGUUACCUGUAAGGCCACUUACAUCCUUGGGUGGUCAGCCUACAAGUCCACUUCUACCACAUACUGAUGGAAAUACUCAACUGGAGAACUCCUUUUCACAACUUCAAAUUGGAGAUGUAUCUGGAAGAAAUAAUAUUGGGGAAGGUGAGGAGGGCCUUCCACUACCUGGUGUCAGGGUGCCAGUUCCUGAUGCUGCAGUGGAUGACCCUGAAUCAGAUGAGAACAGUGACCAAGAUGUUUCUUCUCUGCGAUUGAAUGCAUUUGGUGUGCCACAGAGACUUUCAUUAAUAGGUUCUACUCAGCCCUCCACAGACCAUACAUCUGCAGGAGCUCUUGGUGCACAAAAUGUAAGCGUGAGAUCCAGACGGCCUGAUGGACAAUGCACAGUGACCGAGGUCUAAACACUGGUCUACAGAGAGAAAGAAAGUUCACUUUUAAUGAUCUUUGAAGACCUGAGUUGCUUUAGAAUUGAGCUCUGAUACAGUAGCUAUUUGAGUUAAUUAAAUGAUUUAAGAAAAAUACUGACCAUUAACAUGAAGUAAACUUUGUUUUUAAUCUGGAAGAUCUAUUUAUAAGUAAAGCAUUGAAAGAACUGAGGUGGUUAAACAAUUAAGUGCUGAAAGGGCCUCAUGAUGUUUCAUUUCUAAGCUGGGAUACAUCAAACUUUAUAGGUCAAUUGAGAGUGUAGGUUCAAUGUUUCUUCUGGUUUAGCCAUGCUUGGUAAAUGUAACCUCAUAUCCCCAUCCCCAAAAAAAACAGCUGUAGUUGUUAUUGUUGGUUUUAGCAAGAGAGAACAUAUUUUAAGGACUCCCAAUUUCUGCUUACUUGCACUAUUUAUUACAUUUGUGUCCAUAUGCAAAAAGAACAGUAAUGCUAUUACUAGAUUGAUCACAUUAUCCAUCCCCUUUCUUUCAUACUGUGAAGUAAGAGACAUGUACAGUCUUCCCUCUAUCAGCUGCAAUUUAAUUUGGAUCAUUUCAACACUACAAGAGUUAAACUUCUCGUACCACUCCAUCUCUACCUGUCAUUCAUGUGUCUGUGUUUAUCUGUCCUGGCUUCUUAAUGUGAAGUUGUUAAUAUGACUAACAAACUUCCAUAUUAAAUCGAUUUAUAACGGACUGUUCAUAACAGGGAAAAAAAACACUUUCUUCCAACUCUGUUGUAUUACUUCAUCUUCUCUCAUUGUGUAGCUUGAUGUGUUUCAUGAGCAGUUGCCACUGUGUGAUUGUUAAAUUUACUCCUUCGGUGAUAGAGGACCAGUACAACUAAUUUAAAGGACCUCUUUACCAUUGAAGCUCUGGUGUAUUUCAGUCUCUUCUGCAUGGGUUUGAAUGCAAGAAAGAAUGUAAAAAAAAAAAAAAAAUGUACAAAAUCCACAAGUUCAGUAAAUAUAUAAUUUAAUAUGAGAUGUAGUUGUAAGUUUGACGUAAAGGUUGUGGUUUGAUAGGCAAAUGGUAUACCAUUAAGAUCCAAUUCCAGCAUCUUAUGUAUAAAGAGCUAAUAUUGUUCUGUUGGAAAAUUUUUCACCACCUCUCCUUAGACUUUGCUGUCAUGUCUGUACUUAGGAUUUCACUUCAAGUUGUCUUGUUUUUGUUACAAGAUUUGUAAUUUAAUAAAGACUACAUUUUAUCAGCAACAAAACUAAACUAUGAUGUAUUUUUUUUUUUCCACACAAACAAAAUCACACUUGCAUUAAAAAAAAAAAAACUGCAUGUGCUAGUCAUGUUUGCUUUUGGUUUUCUUUUGUUGUAUGUG